ACCGAGCAGACGGAAAAUUCGUGCAACCGGUGUUUUCCCGGGUAAUUAAAAUGUCGCUGACACGUGUGCCGUUGAUUCCAGAGGAUUUCCUGAGUGUUUCAGUGCUCGCUCUCAUAGCUGGGGCACUAGCUGCUGUUUACCUGUGGACGUCCACCAGGAGUUACUUCCGUCGUCGAUAUGCACUCGUAAAAUUCGCCAGAAGUCUGCCCGGACCCCCAACACUUCCAUUAUUAGGAAAUGCUCUGGAGUUCGCGGUGAAUCCCGAGGGUAAAUCAUCACGAGUUCCUUUAAAAAAUAUCAUCAUCAUUUAUUAUAAUCCAUCAUUUUUUCCGCAUGAAGAGACUUUCGACAGAGUUAUUGAUAUCAUAAAGAAUAAUGAGAAGACAUUUCGCUUCUGGCUGGGGCCCCAACUCGUGGUUGUCCUGACAGAUCCUCGGGAUUACGAAAUAAUACUGGGAAGCCCUAAGGCAUCAUACAAAGACCCAAUUUAUAGGAUGAUGGAGCCAGCAGUGGGUCAAGGCCUCGUCAGUGGUUCAGGUCCCAGACAAAGAACACACCGAAAAAUUGUAAUGCCGAUGCUCAAUGGGAGAGCAUUGACGACGUACUUGAAGUGUUUUAAUAUUCACAGCCACUACUGCAGGAAAUUAAUGGAGGACACUAUCCAACAUGGAGAAUUUGAUGUUCUCCCUUUUCUGACGAAUUGCACAACUGACAUGAUGCUCGAAACAAUUUUCGGGAUUUCCGGUGCUGCGCAGAGAGGCGGAUACAAGAGAUUCGUUCAUUACUCCGAUCGGAUCUACGAAUUUAUUCACUUGAGAAUGUUUAAGAUCUGGCUCCAUCCGGAUUUUAUAUUCGAAAGGACAGAAAUGGGAGAGGAACAGAGGACCGGACUGAAGAUCAUUCAUGGGAUUGUUGAUCAGGCGAUUGCACGUAAAAAAAGGGAACAUGUGGCCCUUGCGAGGGGUGCAAUCACUGAGGAGAGACCGAGAGUCAUGUUACUGGAGCAGAUGAUCGAUCACAUGAUGAAGAACCAGUCGAUGGAUGACUUGGAACUUCGGUAUCAAAUCUACACUGUUUAUAUCGCCGCGCAGGAUACGAUUGCUGUAAUUUCCUCGUUCACGCUGCUGAUGCUGGCGAUGCAUCCGGGGAUUCAAGAGAAAGUCAGGGAGGAAGUUGUCGAGGUACUUGGGGGGAGUGAAGACGUCGAGGAGGUGCAUCUUUCGGAUUUCAAGUACCUCGAGAGAGUGAUCCGGGAAACCCUCAGGCUCUUUCCUAUCGCCCCGUUGAUGGUCCGAAGAACCACUGGGGUAAUCGAAUUGGAGAGCUGUACUAUUCCGGAGAAUUGCUCCGUCGUCAUCGCGGCGUUCAGGACUCACAGGAAUGAAGAGUACUGGGAUCACCCUGAGGAAUUUAAUCCGGAUAGAUUUCUUCCAGAGAAUUGCAACAAGAGGCAUCCUUUUUCGUACAUUCCCUUCAGCGGAGGUCUCCGGGGCUGUGUCGGCCAAAAAUUCGCUAUUAUUUGUCUCAAAACAAUUAUUGCUAAUUUAGUGAGGAGUUGUCGGUUCGAGACGAGCGUAAAAAUGGAGGAGAUCAAAUUGAAAAUGGAUAUUUCUAUCCGAUCGCGGUGUGGAUACAGAAUGAAAAUAAUAAAAUGAUGUUUAACGAAGAAAUUUUUUAUUCUUCAAGAUGAAUCUAAAUUGAGAC